CCAUCGGCGACCCGGCCACCGGGAGGUGGGGGCGGCGAGCAGGAGCUGGGGCCGGGCCGGGGGCUCGGGCUCCCGUUCGAGGGGCGGGGAAGGCGGGUGGUGACGUGAGCCGGGCCGGGCGGGCGGAGUUGGGACCAGCUCCGGGAGGCGGGGGCGAGCGCUCGGAGAAGCAGACGCUAGGAGGGAGGCGGCCAAGCAGCGCGGGCGGCUCUGCGGCGGGCGCGGUGGGCGCGGGCGGCGGGGCCCCGGGAUCCCCGCCCGCCUCCUCCGCGCGGCGCCGCCGCCGCGCGUCCCCACGCCCCGCGCUCCACGGCGCCCUCGCCUCGCGCGCCUCCCGUGCCCGCCUCCUGCUAGCCUCCGGGCCGCGGCCGUCUGCAGAGCGAGCGCCCAGACGGAGCCCCCGGGCAACUUGAGUGGCGCCGAUCCGCUGCAGAGCCCCCCGACCCGGCGGCGCGCGGAGGGGACCCGCGUCCGCCCGGCCCGCGUCACCCCAAACGCUAAGCAGCGCCGCCCCAUCGGCGCGGAGCUCCGGCUGGAGGCAAGAGCCGCGCGCCGGGAGACACGCACCGUGCACGGCAACGCCGCCAGCCUCUCUCCUCGCCGCCCCGGAGGGCGAAGCCGCGGCUCCCCGGCCCCCAGCUGCGCGGUGACAGCGCCGGAACGCGCCCUGCCUCGCCGCCGCCUUCGCUGUGUCGCCCGCGGAGGGGGCCCCGAGCCCCGCGCCCGGUCCGGAGGAUGUGCGCCCCCGCGGGCCGCCCAGCCUGAGCCAUGCGCCCCAACGGCGGCGGCGCGCCGGCCGGCAUGGAGCCCCGCGCGGCCGCGCUCUGACUAGCUGUGCGCCCCGCGGCCGGCGGGCGGCGGGAGGCGGCGGACAGAGAGCGGGAGACCCGCGCCGCGGGACGGAAGCGAGCGGGCGCGGGCGCCGCGCAGAUGGCCCGGACGAGCCAGGUCUGAGGCCCCGCUCCCCGAAACGUGACCAUGUGGAUUCAACAGCUUUUAGGACUCAGCUCCAUGUCCAUCCGCUGGCCGGGCCGCCCCCUCGGAAGCCAUGCCUGGAUACUGAUAGCCAUGUUUCAGCUCGCCGUGGACCUGCCCACCUGCGAGGCCCUGGGCCCGGGCUCCGAGUUCUGGCUCCUGCCUCGGUCGCCGCCCCGGCCACCCCGACUGUGGAGUUUUAGGAGUGGACAGCCAGCGCGGGUCCCGACCCCCGUGUGGAGCCCCCGGCCGCCCCGCGUGGAGCGGACCCAUGGACAGAUGCAGGUGUCCCGAGCCAGACGGGCUCACAAGCCCCGGGACCAGGUGGCCGCCCUUGUGCCCAAGGCAGGACUGGCCAAGCCCCCAGCUGUGGCCAAAUCCAGCCCUUCCAUCGCCUCGUCGUCCUCGUCCUCGUCCUCGUCCUCCGCGGUGGCCGGGGGGGCCCCAGAGCAGCAGGCCCUCCUGAGGCGGGGGAAGAGGCACCUGCAGGGGGACGGCCUUACCAGCUUCGACUCCAGAGGCAGUCGGCCCACCACAGAGACUGAGUUCAUCGCCUGGGGGCCCACGGGGGACGAGGAGGGCCUGGAGUCCAACACACUUCCAGCCAUCUACGGCCCCACCACGGUCUCCAUCCUACAGACACGGAAGACAACGGUGGCCGCCACCACUGCCACCACCACAGCCACCCCCAUGACGCUGCAGACUAAGGGGUUCACUGAGUCCCUGGAUCCCCGGAGAAGGAUCCCAGGUGGGCUUAGCACAACAGAGCCUGCCACCAGUCCCAGCAACAGUGGGGAAGCCACCCAGCCCCCAAGGAUUCUGGGGGAGGCCUCAGGUCUGGCUGUCCAUCAGAUCAUCACCAUCACCGUCUCCCUCAUCAUGGUCAUAGCUGCUCUCAUCACAACUCUUGUCUUAAAAAAUUGCUGUGCCCAAAGCGGGAACACUCGUAGGAACAGCCACCAGCGGAAGACCAACCAGCAGGAAGAGAGCUGCCAGAACCUGACAGACUUCACCUCGGCCCGGGUGCCCAGCAGCCUGGACAUAUUCACAGCCUAUAACGAGACCCUGCAGUGUUCACACGAGUGCGUCCGGGCGUCCGUGCCCGUCUACACUGACGAGACACUGCACUCGACGACGGGGGAGUACAAAUCCACAUUUAAUGGAAACCGACCCUCCUCUUCUGAUCGGCAUCUUAUUCCUGUGGCCUUCGUGUCUGAGAAAUGGUUUGAAAUCUCCUGCUGACUGGCCGAAGUCUUUUUUACCUCCUGGGGGCAGGGCAGACGCCAUGUGACUGUUUCAUGGAUUCCGUUGGUGAACCUGUAAAAACAAAACAAACAAAACAAAACAAAAAAAAGACAAAACCUAAAACUGAGCUUUCUAAGGCGGAGGGUCCCCGCACCUGCCACUUCUGUUUGCCGGUGGGAAACUCACAGAGCAGGACGCUCUAGGCCAAAUCUAUUUUUGUAAAAGUGCUCAUGCCUAUGGGUGACUGCCUUCUCCCAGAGUUUUCUUUGGAGAACAGAAAGAAGCAAUGCAGGAAAGGAACCGGAGGCAGAGAGACGAGGACACCCAGCGAAAGGGCCGGAGGAAGCGUCUGAAACCUAGGAUUCGUCCUACGAUUCUGAACCUGUGCCAAUAAUACCAUUAUGUGCCAUGUACUGACCCGAAAGCCUCGGCCGCAGAGCCGGGGCCUAGCGAAUCACGCGGAGAAAUCUUACAGAAAACAGGGGUGGGAAUCUCUUCCGAUAGAGUCGCUAUUUCUGGUUAAUAUACAUAUAUAAAUAUAUAAAUACAGACACACAACACACACUUUUUUUGUACUGUAGCAAUUUUUGAAGAUCUUAAAUGUUCUUUUUAAAAAAAAUUGUGUUAUAGGUCACAAAAUCUGAUUUAUUUAACAUGCUUAGUAUGAACAGAAUAAACCAGUGUUUUUUACCUUGACAGCUCACGUCACACACGUUACACACACGUGCGCACAUACACAGUACACACACGUGUGCACACACACAGUACACACACGUGCGCACACACACAGUACACACACAUGCAUAUAUUUGCAUCUAUUGGAAAUGCAGUUCCACAGGUGAGCAUAUUCUUUCUGGUGACCUGGUGUUCCAUCACCGUUCACCCAGGGAGGGGACAACGUUGACCCAGAUGAGGAGGUGCUUAAAUCACACCUCCUGCAUUUGCUAGACAUUCGGUGAGUGGCAUCAAAUGUGUGACUUACGAUCUUGGGCUAGAAUAAGGAAUGCCAUGGUUUUAUAUAUGUAUAUAUAUAUGUUUGUGUAUAUAUAUAUAUAUAUAUAUAUAUAUAUACACAUAUGCAUAAAUAUGAUUUUUUUUUUCAUUUAAAUGUUGGAAGAUGCUACCUAACAGCCACGUGCACACUGACGUAGCUGGUUGCUUACAGACAGGCCUGAGGCUCGGGUUGGGUGGGUGGUGGAUUCUUGGAUGUGUGUGUCAUACAAGCAUAGACUGGAUUAAAGACCUUUCCAGUUCCAAAAAUUAAAGGAGUAUAUCCUUACAACGUGUGUGUGUGAUGUCAGGGCAGAACUUAGAUAUACGUGAAGGGCCCCAGUUGGUGUGAAAAUGAAAAAUAGUCAUUCUGUGUGCAGACCACGCAGGCUGCCCCACCUGGGCAGCGCCCCGGCCGGCGCUGCGUUGCCUUCCUUGGUGCAGGUGGGCAGAUGUUGCUCGCUUUUUCUAGGGCCCAUGGGUGACUUGGAAUCUUGGGGGAAGCCAUAGCAAAGAGGCUGUUCUCCCAUCAGCUUCCAGUGGCCGACGGAUGUUUCUCUUUUGUCAUUGAGAGUCCUACUGUAGAGCUUCCCAGUGGAAACAGGCCAGACCUGAGCCUCAGUACAGAGAAUCCCAACCACACACACUUUAUAAAAAAUACUGCCAUGCCUCAGGGCCUCCCUCCCAAGCCUCGUCUGAAACGGGCUCACUGGUGUCCCAGACGUGGGGUCAACGGGGUGCUGUAGGGAUGUAGGCAGGCAUCUCAUGGCCGCACUGUGCCUCCUUAGAGGACGUUUCCCGUCUGUGGAAGAUGCCUAAAGUGGUGUGGAUCCCUGUCUCCAAAGACUAUUUCUCACACACAGCCCCCGUGCAACUUUGAUUUCAGUGGUAGAGCGGAGCGCAUGUGAAAUGUCAUAGGCCAGGUGAAAAUGUGAAAGACCACGCAGACAGCUGACCUCUCUCUCCUCACUUGCCGGGCUGAUGACCUUCUGAUUCUUCCCUUGGGCUCAACUCAGUCUCCCUCUAAAACACCUUGAAAUGUGCUUGAACUGUUCAUUUUUAUAUCUCCUGAAACAUGCGAGCCUAGAGGAAUGCCUCUGAAGGGGAAAGCAUUGUUUUUGUGAGGUCUGUAUCCAUGGUAUUGCUCAUGAAUUAGGAAAAGUUGUUCUUUAGUUUCUGUUCUGUCAUUUUCCCCCAAGCUUUGGCAUGUACCGAGACAGUGCAAACAUCGGCCACUGGCGUUUGGCCGUCUCCAGGCUCCUGGCAUUCACCUGCAUGGUGCUCCAGCCUGCAGCCCUCUCCGUGCGUGCAUCAUCCCACCUCGUCCACCCCAUUCUCCUCCACCCACUCCCUCCUCCUGACUCCAGGUGAGUACAGAGGGUUUGAGUGCGCGGUGAGGGCUGUCCGCUUUGUCUGGCAGGCAGUGGGGGCUGCUGCUCUGGUCUUUGACAUUCUGAGCUCAGGUGUGAGCCCAACUGAAGAGGAGGUGAUGGCAGGGGGGCCCCGUUGGUUCACUGACCAUGAGAACCCAGGAUUCCCGAGGGACUCCUGGUAUCUGCUCUGUCAUCUCCCUGCAGCUCAGGCCUCUUCCCCGACCACGGGCUCCACCCUGGAUGCCCUCAACUCUUUCCUGGGUCCAUAAGACAUGGGGCCUUGGAAGGAAAUGUAAAGCAGCAACCCCCUUGUCCCGCAUCAGGGCCGCGGAGUCAAGGCAGGGCUGUGAGACCCACACAGGCACAACCACCAGACAAGCAGAUGCAUGCACAUUCCACACCCGAAAGUCUGCUUCUGCACCAACAUGACAUCCAUCAAAAUAAAUCCAUGCGGGCAAAGCCUGCUCUGCCCGGAUGUAUGUAAAGAUGUGUUCUUUACUUUUUAAAAUGGUUAUCUGCUCUCCCAGACCCUUCAACUGGGAUCAUCAUCUAGAUAAGAGGAGGUAAUGACUGAAAGUAAGUGGACCCAGGAAACACAGCACCAACCACAGUGAAGUCUGCGCCGGAGCACAGGGCUUCCCUGCUUCAGGCCACAUGUGUAUGUCAUGCCCAUGCACGUGGUGUGUGGGUGGCUGCUGAGUUGACCCCAUCAGUCCUUCUGCAGCCUUGGGGUAGUGCUUCAAGCUGGUUGGUGUCCUCUUUUCUCUGCUUGACCCCUGGAAUUCAAAGUCUAAUAGCAGACACUUCCCUUCCCUCACCCAAGGCCUGGUCCUUACCUCUGCUCGAGCUUUCAUCCCUCAAGGAAAGACCUCCAAGGAAGGGUGACCUGGUUUGUUAAAGUUCCCCAGUAAAAUUUGUCCACUUCCAUCUUACUACUCAUGGAGUCUCAGAGAUCCCACAAUCGCAAACCCCUCUGGCAGCCUCCUAGUACCUGGCAUUUGCCUUUGAAGCUUUAGAAACAGCUGGGAAUCCGCUCCUUGUCAUACGGUCAAGUCCAUUUCUAGACAAAGUCGCUCUGAAUCUUCAUGCACUUGACAUCACUUUUGUCUGAUUGGAAGAUGCGUGUAAUUGCUCUGGCUUCCGAGUUUGGCGUGAGAAAUGCAGGGUUCUCUGGGCAGGGUCGGGGCUUCCUCGCUGUUUCCCACUGGGCUCAGAUUCCGGCCACCACCGAGACAAAGCCAAGCCUUCUCAUGCAACGUAGAAGCGUAGUGACAGCCUGGGGAGUGUGGAGGGGGCUGUCAGUGUUCCUAGUUACUGCCCUCCCUAUAUACCGAAGGGAGAGGCCACCUGGGGACCUUCUCUUCUCUGUAAUAUUUCUAGUCCUUCCCAGUCUUGAGUUUGAGCGGACUUCUCAUAUCACAUUCAGCUCCCACAUAUUCACUCCAGUCCUUCCUGGAGCGUCAUGAAAUUAGAAACCCAGACUCAUCAGCAACCCCAGCCACUCUUUGAAUCGGGACACUGGGAAACCCCUCAUUACUGAUGUGAUCUUACCAUCUUAAAUCAGUCCUUUCUUUAAAAAAUACGUGACACUUUCACAGCCAUAUUUUAGCAUCAGGAAAGCCAUGCUUACAGGGUUCUGUCUUAAGAAUUGUGUGUGUGAUGCUCAGCCUGUAGGCCAUAUUAGAAGGUGAAUGCACUAAAAGACCGACCCUGCCACCUUGGAUGGUCUCCAUUUUGACCCUGUUGCCCAUGGAGAGGUAUCUUACCCUUCUGCUCUCUUGCCCAGGUGGUCCAGGAUUGUCUGUAGCUCAGGAAGCUGGGCUGAUCCCAUAUCUUGAAAGAGAAGACCAGGAACCAGGGGUGAGGUCGGGACUCUCACUCAGCCUUUUCACGGUCAGGCUGGGCCCUCACAUACUUAUUUCAAGAUGGCACCAGAACACACGUUCUUUUGUUCAUCUGUUGACACUGUCACCCUCUUUCAUCAAGGUGGUCUCUUUUGUCAGGGCGUACGUGAAAUUGGAUGCUUCACUGGGCUGUCUUCUCCCCUACACCUGCCCCUGCCACAGAGCCACUUCUUAAGUCACAGUAGGAAAAGAUGCCAAGACGUGCCAUUCUUGUUUCAGUAUGUGAGUUCUUUAAGACACGACUCACAUACGCCAUUGGAGAGAAACAGCCUGUUCUGGAUCACCGUAAUGCACGGAUCAGUCAGUCAUCCUCUAAUUCAACAAAAUUAUUUGUGCAACUUCUACCACACUGGCAAUACAGUCAGAGGCAAGGUGGGCACAGUUAUGCCCUUGUGGGUUUCACGUUCUACAGUGGGAGGAAGCAGAUGGUUAAUGUGAAAGCAAACAAAAAUAAUUCCCAGAGAGAAAAAGCAGUAGGGAGAAAAACAGCAAAGCGACGGGGUCGGGGCAGAGAAGGAGGGAGGGGAAUGGGGAGAGAGUGGGGGGACUGAGGGGGAAGAAAGAGAGGAAGGGUUGUCUGCAUCUCCUCCUCCUGCCACACAUCACCUACUGGGGAAUUACCACUUGCUGCCUGAGGAUGGUCUGGUGUGGGAUGGAGCAAGAAGGCCUUAGUCUUAGCUCUUGGAUGAACACGCAGUGCAGUGCUGAGGAUAAGACAUUGCAGUUGUUACAAUGCCUGGUUCUCCACCAAAUUCCUCAGCCAUUCCAGCAACAGUGGAAGCAGAGGGGCAGGGGCAGGAUGAGGGCUGCUGCCCUGGUGAUGAGCUUGUCCAUUCCUGGGCACUGGCUGGCUCUGCACCAGCCCCUCCCCUUACUGGUCUCAUCUGUCGGCUCACCAAGCCAACCAGGUCUUAAGUCAGCCAAAUCUCAAGGAGGAUAAGGGGAUUCGAGGACCGAGACUUGGCCCUCAGGGCACGGGCACCUUGGGGGUGCCAUUCCUCUUGAUGCCAGAAGGCAGCUGCCUCUCCAGAAGCUCCCCCAGCACUGAGCAUCUGCUUUUAAGUAAGCAGCGAUUCCUACACACGCCGUGAUUCAUGUAAUUUUUGAGUGGUUACUUUGGUGCAGUUUGUCAAUUUGCUCUGCCAUACUGUUUUUUGAUUGUUUGUUUGUUUUCCAGUGUAAAUAGCACAGCCCACAUAAAUGAGCCAAACUCAUCAUCUGAGGAUCUUUGAUUAUUCUUCCCCACUUAUUUCACAUCGACGUGCUGCCUGCUAGGAAGAUAAACUCCCUCUUCUUUGCUCACUCUGAGCUGAGUUCUCUGUGUUAGUUAUACUCAGCCUUAUCUAAGGGUUCCAGAAAGGUCUUAAAUGAUUGUUUGGGGUUUCAAAACAUGCCACCAACCCUUCCUUCCAAAAAGCAUGAAGCAUAGAGCUGCGUUUUUGUGUUCCUGGGUUUAGAGCUUGUAUUUGGAUGUAAGGUGUGACUAAAACAGGUCUAGGCAGAGAACCUCUGUCUUUUAAAUCACCCAGCCAUCAGUCAAACAGAAAGAAUGAGCUUCUUCUGACUCAAAUCAUUCUAGAAAGGUCUCAGCUAGUGAGCACGAUAGCCAGUCUCCAGAGUUCAUGUUGGUUGCCAUGUGGCCAAGCCAUCCCUAGCUAGGAAACUUAACUCUUUGCACUACCUCCCUUUAUACUGAAGGACCCGCAGGACCGUGGGAACACUUGCGCUUUGUCUGAGGAGUGGCCCCACCCACCUUCCCCCAGAACUUCCAGCCUCGUGCAGAAGCCCUCAAACGUCCCAUCUUCCAUCUUCACUUUGGUCGUAGGGGGUUAAAUACAUAGGCCACAGCUGACUGUGGCCCCCAGAAUAUCCAGGAGCAAGACAGGUAAUGUUAGUCUUGGGGUCCCUAAGGCAGUAGAGUGUGAGGAGGGCGGUUCUCUCCAUCGAUUCCCAAACACACCAGCCAUGAGUCCCCACCCCACACCUGUAAACGCAUAGCCGAUGCCCCGUUGUAAAGGUGACUGAAGAGAAUGGUCAACUCCGUGGUGACGGGCCUGUCUUGGAGCUAAAAGCAUGAAAUGAGUCCUCCCUGUAGCUCCAUAGCCUUUUCUUCUUAAUGGAUUCCCUGCUAAAUGUUCUAAGAGUUACUAUACAUAGAAUCAAGAGAGCCAUUUUGAAUGAGCCAUAAAUCUAAGUCAAAUGUAAGGGGCAUAACAUAAAUUGGGCCAAGCUUCCCCAUCCGGGACACACAUGUUUAUAGAGUUUAAACACUAGUCACGAGUGGGGGAAGGGAACAGUGACUGUCUGUAUUAAUGGCCAUAUAAAUGAUCUACAUGUCUUCUCAUGUAGGCUGGAACCAGAACCUACGUAUGCCAUAGAAAACAGUCGAUUAAAUGGGUUAAUGUGCUAAGCCAAGAGAGUUCUUAAGACAUGUGCAUGGGACUGGAUUAAUUCUUGUCGAUAUCUUGGAUUCCACAGUAAAACAUCUGUUGAGUUAUGUUUGGCAGGAGAGGAUGCAGGGAGCACUGGACUGUAGGAAACUCCUUUAUACAGGAUAAUUAGUGUUGUCUCUGGUGGCUCUCUCUUCAAACGGAAUCCCCCGGAGACCCAGGUUUUCAGGUUGUAAUUCCACACCCAAAUAUUUGCGACAUGAAACAACAGCUCCCCAGAGACUUCAGUCUUGCAUGGGUACAAGCAGCUCACACUGGUUAGCUUUGGUCAGAGUUCAUCAUUUCUGCAACAGAAUUUCUUAGUGUUGAUGUUGAUAGCUUCUGGGUUGGCAAACUGGCAGUUCACUCUAGUCUUGCUGAACUUGGCAAGUUCUUGUACCCAGAAAAUUAGGGAUAGGUUUGGCCAUGGGAGGAGCAAGAACACUAUGCAGUCCUAAGCGCUAUUUUUUUCUUUUUGGCAUCAUUGAGUACCGUGAAGACUCACAGCCACUACUAAUGCAGCAUAGGAGACACUUUGAGGACCCCCAGCAUAAUCGUUUGAAAUCAUCAUACAGGGAACUGCAGGGACAAACCCCACUGAACAAAUCCAGGGGCCAGUGUUUCAUUUCCUGAUAGAAUGAUCCCAUUCCUCUUCACUCUUCAGUUGUCCCAAGCCAAAAGGGAAAAUUUGAAACCCACUGUGACACCCCAACCCUAAUUUCCAGCCUUUGGAGGGCUCACCUGGGGCAUGAGGGAGAAAGGGCUUUGUUGAAGUCUCAGGCUGCUGAGAACUAUGUAUAGGAGCAAGCCCCGGCAUGGCUCUUGACAAGGUCUUCGGGGGAACAGCAGCUGCUGCUCCCAGAGGAACCCUCUCCUUUUGCCUCCACAGUCUAUUCUGGGGUGGAAACGCCAUUCUCUAUUGUUUCUCUCGCAUACUUGUGGAUUUCUAAUACCAAGUUCUGUGACUGCCUAGACCACUUACGGUCUAUGAAGCAAUAUGGGAGUCUCUUUCCUGAGUGUGCAGCACGUCAACAUGAACUUGACCCUGGAAGCUGUGGGGAGCAGGAUUCUCUAAGGUGCUCUUAGAUAUGGUGUCACUUCCACAUACAAGCACAAUUCUCCCAGUUAAGGGACUGGAAGACAGCGGGGGCAACUGGUUUUGAAAAGUCCGUGGGUGUGCCAGACAGGGUGUCUGGUCACAUCCUCCUUUAAUUUAACUGCCACAAUCUGUCUGCAGACGUUUUUCAUUCCAUUUCUUGUCUUUUGCUUGUGGUUGCGUUGCUCCCUCUGAAGCCAGAGGGUGAAAGGCCCUGGCAAAGUUAGUUAUCAGUCAACUGAUGAUAACUGUGGUCCUUAAAGGUGAAUUCCUAGCCUUAGGUGACACACAGAGGCUCUGCGAAUGUCUCAGGAUCUGUCAUAUGUCAUGUUGUUGGUGUGAAGAUGGAAGAACAAAGUCCAUGUCAGUUUCUGCUUCUUCAAACAGCGUGUUGAUAGGAAACAUUGGGAGCUGGCAGAAACAUGUGCCUAGUUUGCAGCACCAAAUAAUGGUCUUCUCAGAGGUUUUUUUCUUUCAUUUUUAAAAAAAUUUCCCCUUCUGGCAGCCCCAUUUGGAUCAUUCCCUCUCUUUCUUUCCUGGAAAAACAAGAUGGCAGGUGCUGGAGCCCAAAGCAGGGCCACCCUCCAGCUAAAAUGAUUUAAACGGUAAGGAGAAUGACAGCAAAGCCCCACGUGAACUUUAAUGGCCUUAUCGAUGACCUUUACUGACUUACCAUUGGUACCUGGAUUGAUCAGAGACGAGUGGGACUAAAAGCCAGGGUCAGGUUGCUGCACGCAUUUGCAGAGCAGGAGUUCUGGGAAUGUGCGUUAGACCCAAUUGCACUGGGCGUUGAAGGAAGCGUGAGGCCAUGCAUUGAUAAAACUUUUAGAGUCUUUUACAUUAUUUUUUCAAAAGAGCCACAUUUACUGCAAACCAUUUACAAAAUGCCAAUAACCAAACAGAAGGGAAAUGUCUGAAACCUUCCAACUGUUUAAUUCUGUGGAAAUUGACCAAAGACCGAAUGCAUGGGGACAAGUCACAGAGAUCUCACCAUGCUUAGCACCAGGGACAAGUCUGGCUCCAAUGUGUGUUCCAUGAAGUCUGAUUAGCUUUCAACUGCAUCUUUGCCAGCUGAACUUGUCAUGCAUGAACUUCCCAUUGAUCUUUAGAGUGUCCGUGUUCAGUGGGAAAGGCGGUCAACCAUUUGGAUGUUUCACUUCUCUCAACAACAAGCCUUGGCCAUUGGGCACAUCUGGGCCUUGAUGUGGAAUACACAGGAUACUCAGAGAAACAUCCAAAUUAUUGACUGGGGUUUUCCCACGGGGCAUCUAUCUAAGAGUGACAGAUCUGAGAAACAGACGGACCCAGGUACAAGUUGAUGCUCCUAGUGUGUUCAAAUAACUCUUGAAUUCACUCAUUGCGUUUAUUGGGUCUCAUUGCGUUUAUUUAAAGAUGGAGCCCAUUGUCCCCUCCUCCUCCUCCUUCUCAGCUCGCCUAUGGAACUAGAAAUUCAUGAACCGGAAGCUGGACCACAAGACAAGAAAUUGAACAGCAACGGCCACACGGCCUGUUUCUUCACAGGCUUUAGAACCUUGUCCCUGCAGCCCCUCACUCAUGUAAACCAAAACUGGGUUUAUUUCCAUUUUCCUAAAUUAUUUUCUGAUACAAUAAACUGUUAACUGUUUAUUUAUACUUUUACAA